AUGCCUGGCCUCUCAGGACGUCUGCGGCCGCCUGCUUCGAAACCGAAAGCAAAAAUACCAACAAUCUCAAUCCCUCCCCAUGGAUCCCCUCCCACAUCCCGGCCUUCAUCUCGCGUCCAUCAGCGCAGUAAACAUGCCCCAGACCGGCUUCAGUUGAAUGCAACCAGUGAUAAAGCCACUGCAGUCUUGAUUCGCCGAGUUCUAUGCCCGAACGCCAGUGGCCAUGGCGGCCUGGAUCGUGGCAGCCCUCGUCCGCUAGAGGAGCUGCUUCCUCCACUAACUAGCAUGAAUGAGGUUGAUCUCCAGCUCUAUGCUCUGAUGGCUGUUGUUAUGAGAGAGUUUAUCCACUCUUGGUACUCGAAGAUCACCCCUGAUACCCUCUUCACGGAGGAAGUCAUCCAGCUUAUUGCACAUUGCACUAGGGCAUUAGAGCAGAGAUUACGGCAGGUUAACGUGGAGACGCUACUGUUUGAUGAGAUUCCUUCACUACUUGAAGCUCAUAUCAUUGCGUACCGAACCGCCCGUGCGAGCUCGCUAAGAGCAGAAAAUUCUGGCGGGCGACUGCGUGAGGUUUAUCAUACGUUGCAUCCACAUCCAGCACUAUCACCAGCCCCCGGUCCUGGUGACGAGGAUGUUGCGAAACAGCAAGAGGCCGAGAAAAUAUACCGUCAGCUUCUAGCCCAUGGAGCUAUGGCUGUGCUUCUCCCCACAGAAGAUUUGCAGAAUGUUUGCUUACGAACAUUGGUUGGAGAUAUAUUGGCUGAUCUACUCCUGGGAGGGGUUGUCAGCGGGAAAGUUUCUGAGGGGUGGUUCAUCUGGGAUGCCAUCUCGAAGAUUCUCGCAAGCUUGAACCAAACACCACAGAGCGAUGGUGUGGAACACGAUCAGAGUGGCAAUCUAGAAAGAGGCGAUCCCGAACCUGAUCAGGAACGAUCAUCUAAGUUUGACAGUUAUUCGAGUCAAGGAAACCAAUCGGCCCUCCUAUCAACCCUUUUCAACUUGAUGCAAUAUUGCUAUAUUGCCUAUGUUGCAUUUCGGUUCGUGGCUUUGGGGUUGUUUCGUGUCUCACCUUCGUCUUCAUCAACAACUGCUGCUGCAACAACUCCAUCCCCGGCACAUGCUAGUAAUAGCAUCAACUCUAAAGAGGCAACGCCUUCCCGGUCAAAGGAUAACAUCGUGCGAUUACCCGUUUUGGAGUAUCGAAUCUUUAGCGUGAUUUCGCAGCUUCUCGACAUAUCAAGCCGCAUGCCAUGGCUUGGUGGGAUUCUGGCCCUUGCUCACCACCUUCUGAUGACAGGCCCAGGAAAAGUUGGAACGGCAGACGGAGUGAUUGACAGGUUCCUUCAUGAUUGUAUUCGCGAGCAUCUGGUGACUACCACAGUUUUACCGUCUUUGCUGCUUGCAAUCCGAACCACGGUCUUUCCAAUUACUGGUAGGGCCAGCCUAACGCGGGUUUCCGGGAUUUCUGCGGCCACACAGCAGCAGCAGCCUCCUAACCCUGGUUCAGACGCCGAGAUCGGCACCUUCACCAGCAGUGGUUCAAAUAUCGAUGGCCAAAAUCGCAUCCAGGCUAGCAGUAGCAAUGCCUUACAGGAGAUGCAGGCGUCGCUUAACCCAGCCUCGCCUCGAGCCAGCGUGGUAGACGCUCCCUCGUCUGGAUCUGAACAACCAUCUGCAGCAGAGUUAAAAUCGAUUAAGCGGGCAUGUGCUGCGAGUAUACUCGCAUUGAUCCCUCGCCGUAUCGCCUUGACUCUUUUCGCAAUCAAUCAAACAAAUGGGAAUGUUCCUCCGGAAGCAGCCAGUAUCACGGCCAAGGACAGCCCGUAUCCGUCCGUUCAAUCCAGUAUUCCCGAGACUUCAGUUAAUAGUAGAAUUGACUCACCUCUAUCAUGCGCUGGAUCUGAACCGGGACUGGCAGAUGAUUCAAAUCCGAGCCAUCAAGAUAGCAGACAUUGUGGGCCAGGCACCCAUCGACAAAACCUCCAUGCUCAGGGCAGUCAUGAUCGCAAUAAUGGAGGCGGAAAGGCCACCGAUGACGGCCCCGAUCCGCCAAAGACGGUCUCAGGUAAGGUACCGAAGGGUUACAAGGACGACGAAGAUGCUGCCUUACUGUCCGCCAUUGAACACGACUUCCUUGAUCUGUUCUCAGACUCUUAUUGUAACAAGCAUGUCAUCUACUCGAUUAUCGAGCUCGUUCUCGUUAAGCUAAUUCCUGAGAUGGGAGAGCACAGCGUGACCGAGCUGAUGAACGAACGAGGAGUUUCAUGGCCGACUGCAUCAAUUACAACAACCAAUGGAUGA